AUGCGGUGGGAAGUAACACUGAGUCUAGAGACGAAAUCUCGCGAGACAGCGUCACCAAGCGCUACAUCGUGUGUGGUUAUUCCUGGAUCUUUAUUGUUGCGCUGUUGUUCUUCCACCAGAUGGAUCACCUGUAAGUCGCUGCAGCCGGAGGUCCUGGCCAGGGUGAUAGAGACGGCGUCCGAUCGUUUCCGUGUCCCAUGGAUUCGUGGUGCCAGGAAGGUUAACCUGAGUAUCCUGCCCCCACUAGUCCUGCUGCCCAUCUCCCUGCAUGUGGCAGCGUUCCAUGUUCUCCUAGGGGUGAUGGUCCUCAGCUCCCUGCCCGUCUUGGUGAUCUGGUAUUAUCAGCUGACACAUCGGCGCAAAGGAAAGACCCUCCUGUUCCUCAGCCUGGCGCUCUUCUCUCUGGGCUACAUGUAUUAUAACUUUGUGCAGGAGGUUCUCCUCAGGGGGCACCUGGGCUGGGGUCACUUCUCCGCCAUCACCUGCGGUCUGCUGCUCACCCUUCUGUUCCUAGUGAAGGCCAAGCGGGAUCCGGGCUACAUCACCAGAAGUGCCGCAAGAGGGAAGAGGGAGCCUGCAGGCGGAGUCCAGACAGCUGAAGGUGGCGCCCCCGGAGGAAUCCAGGAGGAAAACGGAAAUCUCACCGAGAAAAACUGGUGUAAAAUCUGCAAAGUGCCGAAACCCUUGCGGAGCGGCCACUGCCGAAUCUGUGAGAGCUGCGUCCGGCGGAUGGACCAUCACUGUGUGUGGAUCGAUAACUGCAUCGGAGCUCGCAAUCACAAAUUCUUCAUCUUGCUGCUGGUGUUUUUCCUUUUCACCUCUAUAUACGGGAUAAUAAUGACGCUCAGAGCCGUAUGUCGGGGCCGCAGUGUCUUCAUUGCCUUAUUCUACUGCCCGGGUGUCUACGCCAACUACAGCACAUCAUUCACCUUCACCUGCGUGUGGUAUUGCGCCAUUAUCACAGCUGGUAUGGGCUACGUCCUGCUCAUUCAGCUGCUGAACAUCAGCUACAACGUCACGGAACGCGAGGCGAGGAUGGCCCUGCGGGAGAAGAGCGGCCGCUGUAUCCUCGGGGGUCUGGUCGUGGACCCAGGAACCUUCAACCAGGGAUUUUUUCAGAACUGGCUCCACUUCCUGUCUGCGGACGGCGAGGCGGCGGAGCAGGACCUGUCGGACAUCGUGUGACCGCGCCGUCUGUCCUCAGCAGUGCCUUAUUCAUGUGCGCGUGCGACCUGAGCAACUUACUUACCUCUAUUCCAAGUGGUCUUUUUUUUUACUUUCAGCACAGCAACAACGGUCCCAUCCCAUGUGAUACAUUUCUUAUUGGACAUUCCAGGUCGCCUAAAACCGCGCCAAACUCUUAAAGGGGUCGCGACGGUCUAAAUGUAAAUAAUCUCAAGGACUGGUAUAUCAAGAAGUUCUGCAACUUCCUAAUAGACUUUGUAUUUCAGGCUGAAAAACCUGUCUACACCUAAAAUGUCUCACAGCUGCGCGUUCAGAACAGUGGUCUCUAAACUUUGGACCUCCAGCUGUUGCGAAACUACAACCCCCAGCAAAACUGUAUCUCUUGUAG